AUGCCGGCCUUUUCGGUCCACAUGCAGCGCGACCCAUCGCGAGGCGCUCGCGGCAUCAGCGACACGAAGAAGUCUCUCCAAUCAUUUCUCCCCGCCUCAUUGAACAGACCUGCCGCUGCGUCACCGCCAAAGUCGAGGAUGGAGGUGACACCGCCGGCAGCGGAGUUCACUAAUUACGAUGUAGAUACCGCGUAUGUGAUGCCGCUCGAGGUGCGCAAUCGCACCGGUGAAAUACUGACGCUGCGCUUUGUGAAGCCGGCGCGGCACCCCGGCACUUUCCGACUCGUCAACGGUGCUUCGGUGCGUGUGGCACCUGGACUGGCACAUACUGUGGAGGUUGAGUUCACUACCCAUGCACCGAAGGACUAUGCGGAUGUGCUGGUGAUCCUCAGCAGCGACGGUGGCUGCGUCGAGGUGCCGUUGACGGCGUGCCGCGUGCCGCUAAUAGAGUUUCCUUCAACAGUGAGCUUUGGCAAGGUGGAGCAGCAACUUGUGUGCCCUAUGCGCACGCUGACGCUGGUGAAUCGAGGUCGAAAGGACGCAGCGGUUACGUUUGUGCUGGACGAGAAAGAGGAGAAGGGUUGCGAUGUGACGUGUGGGGUAGCACUGAGCAGCACGGAUGUUACGGUGCCGGCAGAGAGCCGCACGUCUGUCACGCUGGAGCUGAAGCCGCUGCCGCCUGGUCUGUACACGUGGCACAUUUCAGUGGAAAUGAACGGGCAGCGCCUGCCACAUCUCUUGGAGGUGACUGCGGAGGUGGUGGACUGUCGGAGUCGUCUUUUCGAUCCGCAGACACACAAGGAAGUGGUCUCGGUAGAGUUCGCAGAGACGUUUGCCGGCAACAAGGCGAGCCAUCCGCUGGAGGUUGUGAAUGGCGGGUCGCAGGCGAUCAGCUUUGCGAUCCGCUCCGCACACGACAUCUCUGAAGGCGGAGUCAUGCCUUUUCGCUUCGUCCCCACCCAAGGGCGGCUACCGCCGCAGGGACGCCUUACCGUUACUGCGCUGUUUACACCCCAGCUGAAGGUGCGUCGCACCGGCUGGAGCGCCACUCCGAGCAAUGCGCUUACUGAGACCGCCGAGGUUCGCAAGUACGAGGCCCUCUUCUCCUUGCUGUUUGUUGAGACGGAGCAGACGCAAACCUUCCGGAUGGUGGGCACGUCGUGCGAGACCCUUGUCCGCCUCUCUACCUCUGUCGUCGACUUUGGCACCUGCGUUCUGAAGGAGUUGAGAGAAUCGACCCUCACGGUCACGAAUGGCGUGGCCCACCUUCCCAUGCGCUACGCACUGAAGUGCCCUCCGCAUUUCUCCGUCACGCCGGCGCGCGGCGUGGUGGCCGGUGGUGGAAGCGCCACGCUGCGCUUGGCGUUUCGCCCGCGUCGCCUCGAGCCGUAUGUCGAGGCGCUCACGCUCACCGCCAACAAUACGGUGACGUGCACCGUGGAGCUGCGGGGCACCCCUCUGUACCGCGAAGGCGCCGUGGCUCCGGCGACCGCGCGCUCUUCAGGCGCGGAAGACGAGGUUGCGGUGCCGGUGGCAGUGGAUCUCGGUAUGAUCCCAGCCGAGGGGCUGACCCCACCCUCACUCCCCAGACAGGUGCCCGCGGCGGUGCUGAUAGCGGAGGAUACGGCGAUGCGGAGUUGCCGCAGUGGCCACGUCGCACCACCCGUGUUUGAUGUGCAUUCACUGGCAAAGCGGCGUUUCCACGUCACCCCGACAACAUCGCAGGAGCGGCGUGAUUGCAAGCGCGAGUUGACGCCGAUGGAGGUGCUUAACGUUGUACUGCCAUCCAAGUCGCUGGACUUUGGACGCGUCACCAUCCACGCGGAUGCGGUAGCGUCGCUCUUCGUGUACAACGGGACCAAUGCAAGCAUUCAGGUUAGCGUGCCCACCGAAGCGGAAGGGCCUGUGACGGUGGAACCCGUCAGUCAGGUCGUGCCGGCUCGGCGUAUGGCGCAGUUCGAUGUGCACCUCCGCUUCGGCGCGAUACAGUCCUUCCAGCAGGUAAUGCGCGUCACUGUGAACCAGCAGCAUUACAUGCGCUUCUCGGUGCUGGCUGACGUGGUUCCAGUAGAGGUGACCCUCUCGCAGACACAGGUGCUGCUGUCGCUCACGGGACAGGCUGAGGAGCCUGUGUGCACGGCGCAGGUGGCGCUCACGAACAAGGGAAACUGCGCCGCGGCGUAUCGCUGGUAUCUCUCGUCGCCGUCAUGCGAGUUCGAGGUGGAGCCGCAGAUGGGGUUACUGAACGCCGGUGAGCAACGCAGUGCAACGUUCUACUUCCUCCCCGCUCCCGGCACAUCGAAGGCUUCGUGCGAGGCUCGUCUGGAGGUGGUGGGGGCGACUGAGGACAAGGUGCUGCUGCUGACUGGCAGCGUGGCGCCGGCGAAGUGCGUGUGGGGCACCUCUGCGACUUUCACGUCGCUUCCCGUGGCUCCUGGUUUCAAGGAAGCGGCUGCCGUGUCCGGCGUAGUGGCCUUGGGGCGCAUCGCAGCUGGGGUACCCGCUCUGGCAGUGCUCCCCAUCACCAACAAAGGCAGUACGAACGCGUACUUCUCCGUUGGCGCGUUGCCCGCGUGGCUGUCGGUGUCACCCUCGCAGGGACGCGUCUGUGCUGGUGAGACAGAGGAACUCACGGUGCGAGUGCGGCAUGCAGUGGCAGGUGCGGUGGUUCAUCUGGUAGAGUGCAAUGUUGCUGGCAUGCGGCGUCCGCUGGUGGCACGUGUAGAGGCGACUGUUGUGGCCCCGUCGCUUUCUGUGGAACUGGAUGGCAAGGAGCAGGGUGAGACGCACCUAGACUUUGGCCACGUCUAUGUCGGUUGCCCGCAGUCGCGCUCGGUGACGCUGCGGAAUGGCGGCGACGUGGCUGCCGCCGUGCGGGUGAACCUAGAGGCGUGCACGUACUACUCGUUGGACUCGGCUGUGCUGGAGGAAGAAGGGCAGCAGGACAUACUGGAGAGCAGGCUCUCACUUUCAGCCAUGGGUGAGGCGCAGCGCUCGCGUCUGAUGCCGCGCAUGCGGUCUCUGCGCUCUCUCAGUGUGGCGGACCGAAAGUUGUCGUUUGGUGUCGCCGCUGCAACUGUCGUGGUGCCGCCGUUGGCGGAGUACACACUGCACCUUUCAUUCAACCCUCUGCGUGCUGCUGCGACACAGCACUGCUCUGUUCGGUGGCAUCAGCUUGGGGCAGACGAUGUGCAUCCGCUACCGCCAUUCACUCUGGAAGCCACCGCGCUGGCGCCGCCGGUUGUGCUGAGCGCCACGACGGUAUCAUUCCCCGGCGUCGUAGUUGGCCAGCGCCCACCACCGCAAGUGGUCUUCGUCCGACACGGGGAUCUGAGUAUGCCGCCGUCCCUGCCGGAGCGGAGACCGGUCGUGUGGCGGCUGGAGAUGGAGGACAGCACUCCAAGCUUCUUGGUGGAGCCGCACCGCGGCGUCCUGGGUGUGGGCGAGGAGCACGCCGUCACCAUCACGUAUCUGCCUAUGAGCGCUGAGCGGGUGCAGACUUACGUGCUACUGAAGACGGAAGGGGCAGAGAGCCCUACGGGGGCGCCGUGCGCUCGCUGCGCGAUCAGUGCCUCUGCAACCGACCCGCGCGUGCGCAGCGACCGUACCUCUCUGGUGUUCCCAACUGUGCCGCUCGGUGUUGCGGUGGAGACAACGGCGCUGCUCCACAACGAGGGCUACGACGCCGUGCGCGUGGAGUAUCUCGGUUCCUGCGACCCGCCUCUGCAGGUGUCGUUCCCUGAUGGCCACUCCAUGGGUGCCGCGCUGCGGUCCACCCUCCCCGUCACUUUUACCUUCUGCAGCCCCGCGCCGAUUUCGGUGCGCUCCGCCAUCCGCCUGCACACGGACGCCGGCGGCUGCAUCGACAUUGCCAUCAGCGGCAGCGCCGUGAACUCAAUCAUCUCCACCGAGGCUUUCGUGUCUUACAUGAGCCUUGUUACACCUACCACUAUCACGGCUGGCGCCGCCGGCGAGGGCGAUGAUGCUUCGUACGUGCUACAGUGCUGGGCUAGCGACCACGAAUCCGUCCUCAUGGCGGAGUUACCGAUGGUGUGCACCUUGCCGUCUGCCAUGGAUGGUACGCAUGGGUGUUCUCACGACCUGGUGGACGCGGUCGAGGAGAGCAUCGAUUGGGAGGCGGAGCGAGCGUGGCUGACGGCGUGGUGGAACGCCUUCGUGUGCCGCACUCCUGUGCAGAAUUUGGUGGAGGCACUUCAAACGACUCGCGGUGGGAUUGUCGGCGACAUGACGUAUCAAUUCACCGGCAAGCGACCUCGGCGUGCCGAGGCGUUGGGGUCUUCCUUGACCGCCUCUACGCGGGUGGGAAAGGGGGGCAACGCUGGGCCUGCUGCGACAGCGACGAUCCGCAGUCGCAAGGGGACAGUAGCCGCACACGGUGGAACGCGACGACAGCGGGCGUUGGAGGGGGCCAACACUCCCCUUUCCUCCUCGGCGAGCACAAUACCAAAGGAACUGCGCACCCUUCACACUCUCAUCCAGUACGUGCGCUCCUGUGGUGGAUGCCUGAGGGAUGUGGAGCUGCCGUUUCUGCUUCCCUUCGACGCCUUUCUCGAGCACACGGCCGCGCACUCCCCGUCCGCGCUGGAGAGGCUUUCUGGCGUCGCUGAGGAUGAGGACUUGGAGCUGGUAUUCGAGCGUCGCGCGACAGCCUUGUGGGUGGCCGUGAUGCGAGAGUGUCUACGACUUUUCUACGUGUCGCAAGUGCGCGUGACGUCGGCUACCUCGGCGCCGCCAGCUCUGCUCGAGUGGUUGUCCUCGUCGUUGUCACAGCGUUCGCUGAGCCGAAGCAACAUAUACAGUGAGGAAGAGUCGCUACUCCUGCGUUGGGUGACCGCCUGCGUUGAGACCUUCGCGAACGGUGACAACGCAGACCUUCACAACAGUCUGUCAGCGGCCUUGCCGAGGUGCUUCGAAGACCUGCGUGAUGGACAGGCACUCAUCAUUGUUGUACUAACGUACGUGCCAUUCCUUGGGCGGCAGGUGCGCGAGGCCAUCGUCUCUGCUGAACAGCAGAGCUGCGAGGCGCAUGCUGCCGUGCUCCUGGACCUUCUGCACACCUUGAGGAUUCCAGGGCUUCCGCUCGCCGACGCCUUCGUGGCGGCGCCGCCAACGCAGGUGGUGCUUCUCCUUACCCACCUCUUCGUGUAUCUUCCAAAGUUCAUCAACACUGUGCCCGUGAGCUUUCAUGGCCGCGCUCUUACCGCGCUGACGGAGACAGUCACCGUCGAAAACACGUCUUCUCAGCCGCGCGAAUACUGCGUUCUUCUGCCAGAUGCUCCACUGUUCCGUGCAAACACCGACAAGCUGACUGUGGCCCCGCGCAGCUCGGCGGAGUUGACACUGUCUAUUAUUCCACGUACGCGGCGACCGGUGACUGGGCAGUGUCUGCUGGUUGACUGCUCCUCGCAGGUGCCGCCGGCGGAGCGAGUACCAUUUGUGUUUCAACUCAAGGCCACACCAACAAUGGAGCCACUGCAGACGGUGUACAUGGAGACACCGCAGUACGAGUGCCUUCAGUCGGAGCUGCAUAUCACGAACCCCUUCUCCGUGGAUUGCGUGGUGAGUCUGCGAGUGGCGCAGACGCGUCUGCCGACCGCGACGCAGAAGACGGACGCCGGCGCGACACCCGGGGUUGCCGCGCCGUGGCUAGAUAGUGACGACGCAUCCUUCUGGCGGCACAACCACGACGCCCCUUUCACCGUUGCCACAGAGGUUCUCUCGCUGCGCCGCGGUGAGCCGACCCGCCUGCCCUUCUCGUUCGCGCCCCUCUCACGUGGCGUGUAUCGUCUGCUGCUGACCUUCUGGGAAGAGUGGGAGGGCGAGUUCACGUGGGCGGUGGAGGCGACGAGCGGGUGGCCCAAGCCAGUCGACUCCAACCUGGAGCUGCGUGUGGAGCUUGGGGAGAGCUGCACAUCUAUACUCGACGUCAAGAGCAGCAACCCGUCGCUUGAGCGCUGUGUGAAGUUGUACGAGGAUCGCGCACACAAUACCCAGCGCACCGACCUCAGUCGUCUGCUUAGCGGGGCUCGCUAUGUCGUGCACUUUGUGAAUGAGCGCAUGGAGGGCCCCAACCCUUUCUUCGCGGCCAGCGAGGGCUCGUGUCUCGCACCCACCACUCCAGCAGCGACGUGGCCGGUGACCUUCACAUUCAAGCCACAGUGUGUUGGGGUGUACCGCACCUAUGUGCUGUUGAUGUCGGAGGCCGAUGUGCGACUGCUGCUGGUUGUCGGCGAGUGCGUGCCGAGAGGCGACCGGAGAACUCUGCAGUUUGCGUGCCCGGCGCGCCAGAUCAUCUUGCAGCAGAUCACCCUAUGCAACCACAGCGCCGCGGAGGACUGGCUAUUCGCCGCUACGUUUGAGGGCUCCGCCCAGUUCAGUGGGCCGCACGAUGUUCGCGUGCCGAGUGGACGGUCGAAGGAGUACACGAUCAAGUAUGCCCCUUCGUGGAUCAGCGAAGAGGAAACGGCGACGCUCGUGCUGCUAAAUGGUAUCACUGGGCAGAAGCACACUUACACUCUCGUGGGCACCGCAGGGGCGCCGCUGUCGGAGGGCAUCCUGACGCUGAACUGCCGGGCACGCGACCACGAGACAUUGGAGAUGAUGGUGCCGAACAUUUGCAGUCAGGACACGACGUACUUUGUGAAGACUGACUUGAUGUGUUGCGAGGGUGAGUCGUCGUCGCUUGUCAUCCCACGAGCGUCGAGCCGCCGCUUUGCCUUGAAAGCCACCCCUAACAUUGGUGGCGACUACUCAGGCCAUGUCACCUUUACCGCUUCGAAUGGGCGGUAUGUUUGGUACGCGGUGCAGCUGCACGUGGCCCCACCGGAGAAGGAAGGCCUCAUUGAACUCCGCACCAACGUUCGGGCGUUGAUGGUGGCGGACGUCUCCGUGACAAACCCACUCGAUACCGCGCUGAUGUUCAAAGUGCACCGGUACGGCGCAGGGCUGUACGGCGCGAAUACCUUUCAGCUGGCUCCCAAAGCUGCCGCCACCUACAGCCUCCUCUUUGUGCCGACUCAAACCGGCGAGUCGACGGGGAGACUUUCUCUGGUUAGCGAGGCCGCUGGUGAGUUUUGGUACGAGCUGCACAUGACGGUGACGGAGACGGAGCCGGAGCCCCUGCCUUUCCCACCAACCCCCAUUGGCCAGUCACAGGUAAUGCAGGUGAACCUGCCCAACCGGAGUGACGUGACCUCAGUCCUGACGGUGGAGUCAACGGACUCGGCGUGCUUUGGAGUACGUCCGCCACGGGUGGUGCUACCGGCACACUCGGAGAGCGUUGUCGACCUUCUCUUCACGCCACGCUGUGUCGGUGUCGAGCAAACGGCCCUGGUGACACUGCGCAAUCCCGAACUGGGUUGCUGGCGCUACAAGUGUGUUGGUACGGGUACAGCUCCCUUGGCAGCAGAGCCGCUAACGUGCACUUGCGACGUCGGGACGACGGCAACCAUUUUGCUGCCUUUCACGAAUGUUCUGAAGUGCAACACCGGGGUCGAGGUGCAGCUGAGCGGAGACACAGCGGCCUUUGCGCUACGCACAGUGCCGAACGGUGUGGUGGCGGCCGGUGCCUCCGCGUCGCUUGUUGUGGCGUUCACACCCUCUCUGGUGAAGCGCCAUGACGCUGUUGUGGAGGUUCGUCCGGCGGUGCGGCGCAGCGACAAGACCUGUGACGUCACAUGGACCUACCCGAUCGAGGGCUACUGCGUGUACCGACAGACGCAGCCGGCUCUGCGUUUGCGCUGUGCUUCUCGCAUGCAGUGCGACGACACGGUCUACGUCCACGCACCAGGGCUGACGCCGGGUCUCGCCGCUGACUUCUCCGUGGUCUUCGAGGCGGACCCUCAGCAGUCCUACGCGGUGGCCGCGGCAGCGAGUGUGUCAUGCAGUGUGACGAUGCCGAGCCCGUACCCUGACGGGUUUGAGCUAAACCUCAAGUUUACCCCGUUGCGGCCACUCGUCGGGUCAGGGUGGGUGGUGCUGCGCGGUGCGGAGUGCGGCGUGUGGCAGUACCGAGUGCAGCUGGAGUCUACCCCGGCGCCCGUCGACGACACUAUCGUGCUCUAUGGUGACUACAAGGAGAGCACCUCGGUCUCGUUUGACUUGUACAACGUGUUUCCUUACCGCUCCAGCUUCUUUGCGUACUUCACAGCUGACAGCUCGAAGGACUUUGCCGUAUCACCCGCGCACGGGGUGCUGCUUCCGUUUGUGUGUGGCCAGCGGGGGGCCGCCACUGCCACCAACCUGCAGAUCUCCGCACAUCCCUCCUCCCGCAUUCCUCAAAUCGAGGGCACACUCGUGGUGGACACGGACGACAUGCAGUGGACCUUCCGCGUGCUGGGCAAAUUUGGCCACCAAUUCCGGCCACCCAACUGA